AUGGCCGACGCCCGCCAGCGCAGCAUGUCCAACGCGCCCAAGUUCGCCGACCGGACACAGGAGCAACGCGAGCAGGACGCGCGCGCCAACGCGCCGCUGAUCCAGCGCGCGCGCUGUGUCAACAGCAUCCUGACGGCGCGGUACCUCAAGGCCAAGAGCAUCUUCGACAACUACCACGAGUACGACGUGGACGCGGCGUUCGUGCCGACGACAACCGGCCAACCCUGCUGGCGCGAGGACGCCGACCCGUGGCUGCGCAUACAGCAGACCCUGCCCGAGUUCCUCGAGGACUACGUGCGCAUCAUCGUCGACAGCGGGGGCGAGAUCACGGGGGAGGGGCUGCAGAACCUCGCGGUGGCGCUGGUGCGGGUCGCGAGGGCCGAGUGGGAGGGGGCCGGGCGGGACAAGAGCCUGCUGGGCCGGGGGUUUGAGGACGGGAUCUUGCGGCUUGUCGAGAGGCUGAGGGUGGAGUUUAAGCUGCCUGAGGCGGCUGAUGCGGACAGCGAGGAGGGCGAGGGUGCGGACGGGGAGGACGGGGAGGGUGGUGUUGAGGGCAGGGCGUGA